CAAAACAAUCACUUGCUCUCUGUUUCUUGACUCUCUCUUCUUCACCAGUCACCAUUGAUCUUGAAACACCAUUGAUACAGUCAUGAAGUUUCUCGUCGAGAUUCUGGGUGGUUCAUCGUUCGAGAUUGAAGUGGAUCGCAAAGAUACAUUGUUAAAGGUCAAACAGAAGAUCGAGAAGUCUCAACGUAUUCCAGUUUCGAAACAAACCCUUAUCGUCGACGGCAUUUUUAUUCUUCGAGAGGAUCUUAACGUCGAACAAUGCCAGAUCGUCCACGAUUCUCAAAUCCAGCUCGAAGUCUCUGCUGACGAGAACACUAAUCAGAACGGCAACGAUCAAAUGCCGGAAACAGAGCAAUCUCCAGCACCGUGGAUUUCAGUUGAAGAGUACUUUGAGAGGCAAGCAACAAGAAUGAUCAUCAAGUGCUUCAUCAAACAGAGCAAUCUCCACCGUCAAACUCAUUCAAAGAGACUUUUAACAUUCAAGAUUCGUCUGUGAAGUUUGCGAAUAAGAACAACAACGAUCU